UCUGUGUGUAUGUGUGUGUCCACGUUUUGGUCAGUGUUUGUAUGUGUGUGUCCUGGGACAUCUCAAUGUUUUUGUGCAAAUGGGAGACGAGGUGGGAGGUCUGGCUGGCCAGUCCUGCGUUGGCCUUUGUGUGUGUGUUGUGUACCCUCCACACACACCCCUUUGGGUCCUGUGUGAGUCCCCGUGUGUGUUGCGAGGCAUCACAGUGCCUGGCUGCCCUCCCUGUGUGCCCAUCACUGUGUUCCGGAAGUUAAUCCCACCAGCCCAGGCCCUGUGUGAGUCCCACGUUGGGCCCCAGGGAGCGCCAUGGCCCGAGCACGCCAGGAGGGCAGCUCUCCCGAGCCCGUAGAGGGCCUGGCCCGCGACGGCCCGCGUCCCUUCCCCCUCAGCCGCCUGGUGCCCUCGGCCGUAUCCUGCGGCCUCUGCGAACCCGGCCUGCCUGCCGCCCCCGCCGCCCCCGCCCUGCUGCCCGCCGCCUACCUCUGCGCCCCCACCGCCCCGCCCGCCGUCACCGCCGCCCUGGGGGCCCCCCGCUGGCCUGGGGGUCCUCGCAGCCGGCCCCGAGGCCCGCGCCCCGACGGUCCUCAGCCCUCACUCUCGCCCGCGGAGCAGCACCUGGAAUCGCCAGUGCCCAGCGCCCCGGGGGCCCUGGCGGGCGGCCCCACCCAAGCGGCCCCGGGAGUCCGGGGGGAGGAGGAGCAGUGGGCCCGAGAGAUCGGGGCCCAGCUGCGGCGGAUGGCGGACGAUCUCAACGCGCUGUACGAGCGGCGGAGACAAGAGGAGCAGCAGCGACACCGCCCCUCCCCCUGGAGGGUCCUGUACAAUCUCAUCAUGGGACUCCUGCCCUUACCCAGGGGCCGCGGAGCCCCGGAGAUGGAGCCCAAUUAGGUGCCUGCACCCGCCCGGUGGACGUCGGGGACGUGGGGGGCAGGACCCUCCCACCUCCUGACGCCCUGGCCAGUGCGGGGGACUUUUUCUGCACCAUGUAG